UAUUAUUGAUCAUAUAAUAAUUAUAAAUGAAGCUUGAUAGACAUCAGCAUUUGAAAGCCAACAGAGAGAGAAUCAGAGAUUGGUUUAGACUUUGGAGACAUUCCAGAGCUCCAGGAUAUGUAGACCACUCUAAGGAUGCAUCUGGAAGAGAGUAUGGAUUCGGUCAUAGUGCAUAUGUUCUUUCGAAGAUGAAUGACUUGAGAAUGUGGACUAUCACUUUUGCUCCAAACAACGCUCAGCCAUUGCAGAGAGUUCAAGAGAUGCAUAAAAUCAAUAGUGAAUUCCAGUACAUUCAGUAUAGGAUCCAGUGGAGAAGAGUCUUGCCUUUGAUCAUAGGUAUUGGCUUCUUCUCAAGAGUUGUUUUCAAGAAUACUUUGUUAAAUAAGGGAGAAGAUGAUGUAUUUGAAAUGUCUUGGAGAGAUGUGUAUAUUCUCAAUAAGUAAUUCUAAUUAUCCAAAACUAUUCUCUCUCAUUUUUAGUCUU